AUGGCAGAUAUUGAAAAGUUAAAAGUUAAAAGAGCAGCUAUUAGAAUGACGACAACUAAACUAAUUAAAAAAAUAGAUGACUUUUUGGUGAAGAUUGAAACUUGCAGCGAGGAUAAUGAUACUAAGUCGAGUAUUUUGAAAGAGUUUCAUGAGCAAUUACUUGAGAAAGAAAAAAGUCUGAAAUUUGUGAAUUUGGAUAUUGAAGCGUAUUUACCGCUAGAUGAAAUUGAAAAGGAUUGUACUACUUCCGAAGAAUAUUCGGAAAAUAUAGUACUUUGGGAGCAACGAAUAAAAAAUAAAAUAGAACUUUUAGAGACUAAAACUAACAAUUCCAGUUCAGUUAAUUCCUCAGAAUUAAAUGUUCAGAAUGUUAGGACUGUAAAAUUGCCUCGAUUAAACAUUAAAACUUACUAUGGGGAUCCAACAUUUUUGGGAGGUGCUGCAGCAAAUUGCAUUAAAGGUUUUACUUUAUCAGAAGAAAAUUACGAUUCGGCUAUUGAAUUAUUAAAAAAGCGUUUUGGUAAUACACAUACUUUGAUUCAGUUACACAUGAAUAAUUUAUUGAAAAUUCCUGCUGUGUAUAAUUCAAGGGAUUUAAAUAGGUUGCGAAAUUUUUUUGAGAAAGUGGAAGUUCAAAUUAGGAAUUUGAAAAGUUUAGGCAUCGAAAUAGAUUCAUACUGUAAUUUGUUAACACCAAUCAUACUUGAUCGUGUUCCUAGAGAUCUUGUUUUGGAAUUCAAUAGAAAAUAUUCGGAAGGGUAUAAAUUUCAGGACGUUCUUACUUUCUUAGAAAGUGAAAUUCAAUCGCGUGAACGUGCAUUACUUGUGCAAUUAAAGUCGGAAUCGUUUAAAUCUGGUUCAGAAAAUUCGGAUAAGAAUGAUUGUAAAAAUGGGUCAAGUAACAGUAAGAGUUAUAAAAACUAUGCUGCAACAGCAAACUAUGUGGCUAGUACAAAAAAGCAUUGUGUAUUUUGUAAUAGUCCAGAUCAUGAGUUUUGUGAGUAUAAAACUAUCGAAGAUCGUAGAAAUAAGAAUAAACCUUUAAGUAAUGACAAAGUUAAUGAACAAAAUAACUCUGUUGUGACGCAAUGUAAUUCGUCGGCUUUAAAAUCAAAUAUUUUAUUGCUUACAUGUUCAGUUAUUGCAAGUGCAGGUAAAGAUUCAAAUUCUGUAGAAAUUGCUCGAGUACUUUUAGAUAACGGUUCUGAAAGAUCUUGGAUUACAAAAUCUUUAGCAAGUCGUUUAAAAUUAAAUAUAGUUAGAAGGGAAAGGCUUUCAGUUUAUUCUUUCGGUUCGGUAAAAACAUCGGAAAGAAUUUAUGAGGUUGCAAAACUUAAACUAUCAAAUAGAAAUAAUUCUGAAUCAUCAAUUGAAAUUGAAGUUUUAGUAAUGCAAACAAUAACUUCAGCAUCCUUAGCAGUACCUAAUGUCAACGUUCAAAAUGCAUUGCAACAGAAAGGCUUGUUCCUUGCAGAUAUGUGUAAUAGUGAAAAUGAAAUUGAAGUUUUAAUUGGAGGGGAUGUGUUUUGGGGUAUAAUUUGCGAUUCAAAAGUGUUCAAAAUCAAUGAAACAUUAAGUUGCGUAUCAACGAUGUUUGGGUUAGCUAUUCAGGGGGUCCAACAAAAUUGCAAUUCAAGCUUCGUAGGAGUUUUGGCUACGGAUUGCGUAAUUGCAAAGGAUGUUCAGGUUCUUUGGGAUCUUGAUGUUUUAGGUAUCACAGAUAAGGAAGAAUUAACUUUAACAGAUAAGCGUAUAAUAGAUAGAUUUCAAUCAAAUUUAAAAUUCAUUCAGGGUAGAUAUGAAACACGAUUGCUAUGGAAAUUUUCCCCGAUUGAGUUAGGGAAUAACUUUUGUAAUGCAAAGAAAAGAUUUGAUGAAUUGCAAAUAAUUCUUCGGAAGGAUGAAUGGUUGGCUAAAGAAUAUAAUAAAAUUAUUGAGGAACAAGAACGGCUAGGUAUAGUUCAGGAAUGUAUUAGAACUGAAAACGAAUACUUUAUGCCACAUCGUCCUGUUGUUAGGAUUGAUAAGGAUACGACUAAAGAAGUUUAA